ACAGGUUCCGACCCUUAACCCAACUUUUCAGAGGAUUAAGUUGGUUUUUUCAAAUUUUAAUUUUUACAACCAAGGUCGUUGUGCAAUAAUUAUGAAAUCAAGGCAGAGAUAGGCAAUAAAUCUGUAAUGGCAGUAAAAUAAUCGUAAAAUAUAUUCUCGCAGUAAUUCACGUUGUCGUGCUUCAUGCAAACCUACCGUGGUAAUUGAUUAAAAAUGAAAAUAUUACUCAACUGUGUCCUGCUCCUAAAAGCAGAGAAGUCGGAGGAAGCUGAAGAUAAGUACGAAUCUAUGUUGACCAAGGCAGGGUUUGACGUAAAGCAUGUAAAAACAUUGGAGUUUCGAUUUAAGAACUUGGAAGAGUUAAAAGAGAAAUUAUAUAAACCUGAUAGCUACAGUGGAAUCAUAUUUACCACACCUCGUAGUGUACAAGCGACCUGCAAGACGUUAAACAAUGAAAACUUAGAUAAACGUUGGAUGUUGAAGAACAACUAUGUGGUGGGCGAAGCGACUUACCAGCAUGCUCUAAAUGACUGCGGCCUAGACUGCAAAGGGAAAGAAUCAGGGAAUGCAAGAAAACUGGCAGAUGUAAUUAUAAAUGAUAAAAAUGAUAUAACAGAACCGUUGUUGUUUCCCUGUGGGAAUCUCAAAACUGAUACUCUAACAAACGAGAUAUUUGAAGAAGGGAUUGAUACUGAUACUGUAAUUGUCUAUGAAACAGUACCUAACUCUACCCUAGAAGAUGAAUUUGUUGACAUUACAUCAAAUUAUACAAAUAUUCCAGAAUAUUUUGUGUACUUUAGUCCCUCAGGAGUUGAUUUUACUUUUAAUAUUAUCCAAAAACUGAGUGUUGUAGAUUCAAUAAAGUUUAUUGCGAUUGGCCCUACAACAGAAGUGGCUUUGAAAAGUAAGUCAUUAAAAGUGAAUGCUGUUGCACUUAAGCCUACGCCACAUGACUUACUAGAUGCAAUUAUAAGGUGAUGUCUACAGGGAUAGUCGGCCUUAAUUAAUAAAUAUCCGAUGUAUAUUUAGUGUGGUGAAUAUUUUGGGCUAGGAAAUGGUUAAACCAUACAGUUGGGUGAUUGUGUGAUAUUAAAGCUGUUAUUCUUAGCCUUUUAUUGUUGAACUAUUAAAUAAACUUGUUACUAUUGGAUUA